CACAUCACAAUUGGCCUGCCUCAGUCAGAAGAAGCAAUUCAACAGCGGCGGACCCAGUGCGUUUGGAAUGAAAUUACAAGUAGUGGUGAUUGCGUGCCUGGUGGCAGCGGCCGUCGCCGCUGAGGACUCGUCGAAAAAUUUUUGCUUUGCAGAUGUGGACAAAAAAUGCAAUAGCCAGCCAGCAAAAACUGAAACUGAACACUGCAAUGCGAAGUACGGUGCCUUCUUGAAGUUAAAAAAUGUGACAGAAUCUGAUCCCGUAUCCGACUUUGUGCACGCAAAUUUGGUCAACAAUUUCCAAUACUUGAUGCUCGCCACACACUUCAGCAACUAUGAGAAAAAUCGUCCUGGUUUCGAGAAACUGUACCGCGACCUGUCCGACGAGGCGUGGAAUGGCGCCAUCGAGAUGAUCAAAUAUACAACCAAGAGGGGUGGAAGAGUAUUCUUCGAGGGUAGAUUUGAUAGCAGCGCUAUCAAGAUGGUGGUCGAGCAACACGAGCUUGGCAGUCUGGCCAAGGCGGUUGACUUGCAGAAGACCCUGGCCCAAGAGGCGCACGACCUUCACAGAAUAUUUUCCUCUGACGAACUAUACGAUCCUGAUGCGUCAUCCUUCUUGGAGAACCACUUCUUGGGCAAGCAUUCUGAGGCCAUCCGCGUCCUUUCAGGGCACACCCACGACCUUAAGAGAAUGAUCCUACCUGGCAAGGAUGAAGUAAACAGUUUAUCUGCUUUCAUGUUUGAUGAAUAUCUGCAAAAUUUAUAAUUUAAUGUUAUUUCGGAGGUUAUUGAUGUCAUUUAAAUAGUUAAAUUGUGUUUUGUUUAAUAAAAGUCACAAAAAGGUAGUACGUUAUUUUAAAACCAAA